ACCAGUACCGCGUGGAAAUCAACAACAAAUGAGUGAAUUCAACAAGUACUGCGAAGAAGCUGCAGACGUGGAUCUGCCCAGCUCCGAGGAUGAGGAAGACAUCGGCGACGAGGACACCUGCAACGCUCAGCAGCUUGCCGCCGAAUUUCAGCUGAAGUAUAAGCCCCUGGACGAAUCCGGACUCCUACAUCGGGAAUAUGUGCUUAGCCUGGACGCCGACAAGGGCUUCUCGAGGAUAGCGGUGGGACUGUCUAGCUCUGCGGUGCAAAUCUUUAACUUGGACGCCAGUGGCAAAUUGGCCAACUUUAGCUUCUUGCGCACCGAUAAGAACGAGGUUAGCACAUGCGGCGUAAAGUUCCUCGACGAUGGACCGGACAACAUACUGGUGGGCACCACCGAUGGCUACGUGCGUCUCUACGAUCUCCGUAAGGGCGAGCUGGCAAGGUUCCGCUACGGCAACAAUCCGGAUGUGCCGCCCGUGCCCAAGUCGUUCACAGCCUUUGAUAGAAACGCCAACAGUAGGGUCAUCUGCUGUGGCACGGCGCAGCACAUGAGUAACGUGUUCCUGGUGUUCUUCGAUGUCCGGGAGCGGCGACAGAUGGGUGUUUACUGCGAGAGUCACGAAGACGACAUCACUUCGGUGCAGUUUCAUCCUCGGAAUCCGGAUCUCCUCAGCACGGGCAUCGAGGGGCUCAUCAAUGUGUUUGACAUUAAGCAGCCCGACGAGGACGAGGCUCUUUUGAACACCAUCAACACGGAGAGCAGCGUGGCUCGCCUGAGAUGGCAUCGGGACGUCUACGACAAGGACAUCAUCUCUUGCAUCACAACCACGAGCGAUUUUAAGACCUACGAGUGCGAGGAGGGUGACGAAGUCAUCUCCUUUGACCGUCCAGAUGUUACAGCCGCCAUAAGACGGAAGAAUGCUGCCAACUUUAACCUCAUUAAUGCUCACAACCAAGAGGACGGCGAUGUGUUCCUCUUGGCGGGCACGAACUUUAACAAGGGGGAAAUCCUGCGAUCUGUGAGCGUUAGUGCUAAGAAAAAGCUAAAGCCGUUGGCCAAUUUCCAGGAUAACAAACAGAUAGUGAGAGACAGCCUGUUUGAUUCCAGGCGAGGAUUACUGGUGACGGGCGGCGAAAGUGGUAUUGUCACCGUUUGGUCGCAGGAAUUGGUCGGAAAUGUCGCCAGCAGUAAAAAGUCUAAAAAGGAAAAGAAGUCGCGCAAGAAUGCGCCCUAUUAA